AUGACUGCCAUAAGCGGGUGGUCGGAUCAUCCCCCUCGCACCGUUCCCCCCUCGGUCAAUGCCAGCCUGGCUGCUGGCGUCAUUGCCGACGUGGCAGCUGACGUGGCGAAGAGCGGGGGCAUUCCCAGCGAGCCCUUGCUGGGUGCUCCGUGGAGCCCCGACGGCAGAAAGUACCUUCUGGCGCUCUGCUCCACUGGCGGGAUGUCCAACCAUCUCUUCUGUCUGCGAGAGUUCGCACUGAUGGCAGGCGCUCUCAACCGAACGCUCGUGGUGCCCACGGGGCCACACGAGGUGGGCAGGGGCAGCAUGCAGGUCACUCACGUACUGUGCCUCGUCAAGGGCUGCCACCUCGUGCGCUUCCCACCUGCCCCUAGCCCUUCCCUCCCUACCAGGCAUAACCAGCCACUUCUCCCUGGCCCCACGCCCGCAAUGCUCUCCCCCCGGGCAGCACCAGGCGGGCAGUUCAUGGCGAGCAAGGGGCAAAUCAGGCUGGCAAAUGGUUUUGAAUCACCUCAAAAGUCUCCCCUCUGCCCCUCUCCUCUCCUGCAGCACCAGGCGGGCAGUUCAGGGGCGAGCAAGGGGCGCAUCAGCCUGGGGAAUGUGACGGUGCCAGCAGUAAAUCACAGCACCAAGAGGGCAGUUCAGAGCGAGCAAGGGGCGCAUCAGCUUGGCGAAUGUGACAGUGCCAGCAGUGGAGCAGUGGGCGUGGUCGGGCCUGCCGGACAAACACUCUAUGCAAGCCGCGUGCCAGAUGGCGUGCUGAUGAUUGGCGAGUUCAAUAAGCAACCCAUCACAGACUCUACUUUCUUCCGCAUGCUCGCCCCAGUGGACCUCCCAUACCUGCUCCCUCGGUGCCUUCACCUUUUCAAAUCCUUCCACCAUGCCCUCCCCCCAUACCUUUCCCCCCCUUCUUCCUCCCCUUCCACAGCAACCCAUCACGAAUUCCGUCUUCUUCCGCAUGCUCGCCCCAAUGGACCUCCCGUUCCUGCUGCCCCCACCACCGGGCAAGCAGAGGGGGAGGGCGAAGCCUGCGAAGAAGCGUCAGGUGCCCCUACCACCAGGCAAGCAGAGGGGGAGGGCCAAGCCUGCCAAGGUGGUGCCACGAGAAACAUGCCUCGCGUCUCCCGCCAUCCGGGUGAGAGAUUGCCGUCCAGAUGGGAGAUUGCCGUCCAGAUGGGAGAUUGCCGUCCAGAUGGGAGAUUGCCGCCCAGAUGGGAGAUUGCCGCCCAGAUGGGAGAUUGCCGCCCAGAUGGGAGAUUCCCGCCCAGAUGGGAGAUUGCCGCCCAGAUGGGAGAUUGCCGUCCAGAUGGGAGAUUGCCGUCCAGAUGGGAGAUUGCCGUCCAGAUGGGAGAUUGCCGCCCAGAUGGGAGAUUGCCGCCCAGAUGGGAGAUUGCCGCCCAGAUGGGAGAUUCCCGCCCAGAUGGGAGAUUGCCGCCCAGAUGGGAGAUUGCCGCCCAGAUGGGAGAUUCCCGCCCAGCCCCGCUUCCACAGCCCCCUGAGCCACUGAUAGCAGCAGCGCGGCACAUAGUGCAGCGCCAUCUGCCCCGCGUCAAUCCCCUCUCUCCCUCCGUCUCUUUCCAUGCGCUCUCUCCUUCUUCCCUCGCCCCCACUCCACAGCCCCCUGAGGCGCUCAUAGCAGCAGCACGCCACAUAGUGCAGCGCCAUCUGCUCAAUGGCCGGUUCCUGGCAGUGCAAUUCAGGAGGGGUGACUUCAAGGACUACUGCCGCAAGAAGCACCCAUCGGACGGCUGUUUCCUCCCAGUCGACCAGGCAGCACAGUGCAUGCGUGCUGCUGCUGUGGCAGCCCGUGUCCCCCUCGUCUUCCUCGCCACCAACGCCCGGCCACAAGAGCUCGAGAGCAGAGGCCAGCAAGAGGAGAUGCCACUGCCACCCAAAGCACCGCGCUCACUGCAGGGGGUUGCACAGCUGACUGGGCCCGAUUCUCAGCCGUUGGAUCAACGAUCUCAGCGGUCGAUGCCCGCGAUCGCCCGGCGCAAGCUGCCUGGUGGUUCAAGUGGAGUUGAGGCUUCACUGCAUGAUGAGCAGCCUGCCAACACCAGCAGCGGUCCUGACGCUUUAAAUGGCAGCAGCAAUGCAGUGCAGCUUGUAACGCUAGCGCAUCUGCUCUCUAAAGAGGACAGCAGCACGUGGCUUCAACCGCUUAUGGAAAAUGGCAUCAAUAUCAAGACCACCCCGCAAGCCGUCGCCACUCUGGAGAAGCUGGUGUGCGCCCUGGGUGCUGGCUUUUUGGGCACAGCGCACUCCACCUUCACGAAUGACAUUGUGCGGCUGAGGCACGGGUUCCGCACUGCAAUGUGCAGUGACCACUACAUUUGCAGUGCCGGGCCGAAAGAGGGGUAG